AUGAAAUCUAAGUGGAGCUCUGUGAGCAUCUCAGUGGCGGAGAAUGAAACAUAAGAGAAGUUUCCUUUCUUCUGCAUUCUCCUUGUGCAAAAUUACUGGUCGGAGAAGAAGAUCUGUGUCGUCGCCUACUAUUAUCGCCGGCAAAGAGGGAUUAUUAAAGAGGCAUUGUCAGUCUAUAUAGAAACAACUUAUUAACAAAAUGUGGCUUCUUGCUGGAAUCACAUACUCUUAGGGGCUGUUUGGCAACUUCUGAAUCGAUGCUGCCUUUGGGUAUGGAAAGAGUGACAACAGAGGAGCCUUGGAUCUGCUUGGACAACAUCAAAAGUUCAGGCAGAAAAAGAGGAGCUUUAAAAUGGUUAAGGAAAGAACAGAAAUUUGGGUUUGUGGCUGUUGAGGGCAAACAAUUUCCCACACCGGAGAAACGUCUCGUUUUCUGCAUUUUCCUUCGUCAAUACCAUCGCCAUUGUUGGUUCCAGAAGAAGAAUUACGAGCAGCAGCUCCACAUCAUGUACUCCGGCGGUGAUUCCGGCCGAAAUUGCACCGGCAGCGACGGGGCUGCUGUUUGCAUGUUUAGCGAACUGCGCGUUUGGGGUAUCCCUGUGGACGCUUAUACCCUAACCAUUCUCAUUGAUGCAUUAUGCCUCUCAAAUAGGGUGGGUUUCGGGUUUUGUGUGCUUGGGUUGUUCUUCAAAUCUGGAAUUGAUAUCAAUGUGGUGACUUUCACCAAACUGAUCAAAGGUCUCUGUCUGGAUAAUAAGAUUGUGGAGGCUCUAGAGCUAUUCAAGAAGUUGGUUAUGGAGGACGUUUGCCAAGUUAAUAUUUUCACUUAUGCUGUACUAAUGAAGGGGCUUUGCAAGGCAGGUUAUACUCAAACUGCUCUUGAUUUACUCAUACUAAUGCAAAAGGAGGGGCCUCAGCCUAACAACGUAGCAUAUAACAUUGUGAUUGAUUCUUUGUGCAAAGACGGAAUGGUUGAUAAGGCUCUUGGCCUUGUCCCUCAGAUGACAGAACGAGGGAUUUCCCCGGGCAUCGUCACAUACAAUUCAUUGAUAAAAGGUCUUUGCAAUUUUUGCCGAUGGAAAGAGGUUACCAAGUUAAUGAAUGAGAUGGUGCACCAUGAGGUAUAUCCAGAUGUCGUUACCUUCACUGUAAUGGUAGAUGCUUUUUGCAAGGAGGGGAAGUUGAAAGAUGCAGAAGCUAUUAUUCAAAUCAUGAUUCAAAGAAACAUUUGUCCUGAUGUCAUCACAUACAACCCAUUGAUUGAGGGGUACUGUUUGCAAGGGAAAAUGGAUGAUGCUCGCAGAGUUCUUGGACAGAUGGUAGACAAAGGCCUUCGACCAAAUCUUACAAACUAUAACACGAUAAUUAAUGGAUAUUGCAAAAGAAAAGCAAUGGACGAGGCCAUGCAUCUUUUUCAUGGAAUGCAUCAGAAAGGGCUACAUCCUGAUGUUGUUACUUACACCACAAUGUUGCAAGGGCUUUUUCUGGUGGGCCGAUGUGAUGAUGCUUUAAAUCUCUUUCAGGAUAUGCAAUUGUCUGCACAUGCACCUGAUUUUCACACUUAUUGCGUCCUACUUACCGGUUUGUGCAAUAACGGACAUAUUGAAGAGGCAAUGUCACUCUACAGUAAGUUUCGUGGGAACGGGAAUGGCUCUCACGUUUUUGGUAGCAUCAUUAUAGAUGGGCUGUGCAAGACGGGACAACUCAAUAUUGCACGCGGUGUAUUAAGUAACCUCAUCUUUAAGGGUCAGCACGUAAAUGUUUAUGCAUACAAUGCAAUGAUAUAUGGGCUCUGCCGAGAGGGAUUAGUACAUGAAGCCUUAGACCUUCUUAGGAGAAUGGCGAAACUGAUUGCUUACCAAAUUCUUUCACUUACAAUGUUAUUUUGAAAGAAUUUGUUAGAAUGAAAAAAAUGCACGAGGCAAAUAUGUUAUUAGAUGAAAUGUCUAGCAAGUGCAUUUCUCCAGACGUUUACACAUUGACCUUGAUGAAACAGGUAAUGAAACAGUGCCGGAGGUGAUCGGUAAAUUCACAGCGAAUGUUUUAAUCUGACCAUGUGUGUGGAGAAUUUGGUCCUUGUUCUUCUGCUUAAUAAAUUCCUACUUCUAAUGGAUUACUUAAUAAUCCGCUCUUGAGUUACAACCGAAGAAGUGACGAAUGUGUGAAUGAAUUCAAUAUUGGAGU